CAGACCGAGCGGUGUCUGAACCGUGCACGAAGCUACCUCCGCUUCGUCCUCGUCGACAUGAGCAAGGGUGUGCGGUGCGUGCGCAGCAUCUUCCGACCGGGACUUUUCAAACACAAGGUGGCCGUGGUGACGGGGGGAGCGACAGGGAUCGGAAAGGCCGUGGCGGAGGAGCUCCUUCAUUUGGGUUGCAGUGUCACAAUAGCCUCUAGGAACGAAGAGAACCUGAAAGGUGCGGCCAACGAGCUUCAGAGCCGAUUGACGAACCAGGAGGGAUGCCCUCGCAUCUUGUACACACCAUGUAACAUCCGCAGUGAGGAACAGGUGAAGAACCUAAUCAGCAGGACUCUAGAGAGCCAUGGCCGCCUCGACUUCCUGGUCAACAACGGGGGUGGCCAGUUUUUAUCGAAGGCAGACGGCAUCUCGUUAAAGGGAUGGAACGCCGUGGUCGAGACCAACCUCACUGGAACCUUUCUUACGUGCAAAGAAGCUUACAGCCAAUGGAUGAAAGAGCAUGGGGGAUCGAUUGUCAACAUCAUCAUGGAGAAUGUGCGUGGCUUUCCCAUGGCGGCGCAUUCAGGAGCUGCGAGAGCCGGUGUGGAAAACCUGACGCGUUCCCUGGCCAUUGAGUGGGCAGAAAGUGGAGUUCGGGUCAAUGCGGUUACUCCGGGCAGCAUCUACUCGGCUACGGCGGCCAAAAACUAUGCAGUCGAUAUUUUUGAUCUUGUGAGGCCGCGCCUCGCUGCCAAAAGGACGGGCACACCACAGGAGGUGUCUUCUGCCGUCUGCUUCCUACUGUCGCCGGGUGCGUCCUACGUGUCUGGCACAACGCUCUUUGUGGAUGCAGCCAGCAGACUGCACCCGGGACUCAUGUUCGAAGUUCCAGAGCACGACCGGUGGCCACAACACGACAGCUGCAUCGACAAUGAAGCCAAAGAGCUGCCUUAGAAGACUUUCUCCUAGCUCUCCACAUGAGGCUCAGUCGGAUGAAAAACAAGAAUACCAGUUGGAUGGAUGGGUGGUGAUGGCUAUAUACCCUUUAUAACAAUGCAAGGCAAUGCAAGGCAAUGCAACUUGUGCCACCAAGCCUAGAAAAAAAAAAAAAAAAAAGAUUUCUUUUUUUACUUGUUUGGGCAAAACUGCUUCCCCACUGCAUUUUAGUAACUAUCGGCGGCAGUGUGGUAGCCCAUCUGGACCUCUAGAGUGCAGCAGACGACGUUCCCCGGCUGCUUGCCAACGUCUUCAGACGGGUCGCCCAACUUGUUUUUGUGACAAGUUGGUGGACUGCUCACAUAAAUGAGCCUGUAUACCUAGCAAUAGUUAGGGUGCAUGCUAAUGAACCAUGAAUUCCUUCAAGCAACGAUUGGCAGCAAUCAAUUACUUUUCUUUUACUACAUAAAAUAUGUGCUGCAUUAAAAAAAAAAAAAAACAUUCUUGCCAUUAAAAAAAUACUGACGCCUUCCAAUUUUUAAAAUAAUUUUUUUUAAUGUUUUGCCAGGCAAUUUAAUAUGGUGUCAAGAGAUUGCCCAAUAAAUAUUUUGCUGCAGAGUCACCUAUAUCUUUAAUAAAGCCAAAAAUGAAAGAAGCUAACAAUUCUUUGUAAUGCCAAAUUAGAGUGCAGCUCUUGAGGAGGAGAGGGUAGGCUUUCUCUUGCUCCCCUCCCACUUAGCAAGAAAUUUAGUGAAAAUUUCCCCGCUAAAUUUAGCAAAAAAGCUGAAUUGGUGUAGAGGUCGAUUUCCCCGCUAAAUUUAACGUGGGAAUAUUUAAGCUAACUUUAGCAGGUAAAAAUUUUCCGCUCAAUUUAGUGGAAACAUUUCCCCGCUAAAUGUAGUGGAUUAAUUUUCCCACUAAAUUCAGCAGAAAAACUUUCCCGGAUUGAGGGGCACCACAUGUGACAUCACGACAAUAAAAAUUUUCCACUAAAUUUGGUGGCAAAUUUCUCCGCUAAAUAUAGCAGGAAAAUUUUCCUGGUAAGUUUAGCGGAAAAAGUUUCCUGCUAAAUUUAGCGGGAAAAUUUUACCCUCGUGACGUCACUAUAGGAAACAUCCCAUAAUGCAACGCAUGGUUACGCCGACGGUGAUGCCGCAACCCGGAAUUGAGCGCCUAAGAGCUGCGCUCUAAAAUCUCUACUGCUUGAAACCGGACGCACGGAAAUCGCGUGGCUACACCUGACCACAUUUUUUUUCUGUGCUUCUCUGGCAUGUGAAGCAGAUGACGACGAAUCUUUGUGCACCGUUUGUCGUGCGAUUGUUUUGCACUUAUAUCUGUUCCGCUCGAUGUUCUGCGCUUGACAUAGAUCAGUUGGCCGGCACUACGACCGACAGUUCCGAAGUAGCGGCCCCAUGUCUGUCGCAACGUUGGCCCGUCGUGCGCCGCCAUAGCAUUGUCCAGCCUGCGGUACGUCACCAUAUUGAAAGUGACGUGUACAUUACUUCCUGUGAUCUGCGCGAUAAUUAUCUUCAAUCAACGUAUUUGCAGCUUCUUGAAAGCCACAAAUAAUGGGGUUUCUAUUUUUAAUAUUGAAUGUGUGCCUUAGAUGACCCACGACAUUGAAUAUAUUUGGUACAUGUACAUAGUUUGAACACUACAUGACCAUGGAAAAGAGUGAGGGCGACUGAAACCAGUUAAUUCUCGACCGGCUGUUUUCAAGUAAAGAGAACUAUAUUUGUGCCGCAAAUUGUGUUCUGGGUAGCUAGGCUUUUAUAGGUCAUGUUCAAAUAAAAACCUUGGUGAGCAUAAAUACCCUGUCAGUGCCCUUUUAAGUUGUCCUUACAAGUGUGUUCAGUUCGCCAUAGUAGUACCGCUGCUUGGAAAAUUAUAAAGUGGCUUUUAAAUGCUAAAAGCAAUAUCAUCCACACACACAUAAGGUCAAAGCCAUAUUUUUGUGACAAAAUUUUUCAUAUUGUAUGCGGUAUUCUUAAUAGACAAAAAAAUGGAAAUAAGAAUUAAAAACAA